AUGUUGCUGUUAUAUUUAUUGGUGAUUUUUCGUCACAUACAAGCUGAUUUUACGACACAUUUUCGUUCAUUUAUACAUACAAAUUAUGGUAUUGCUAUUGUGCAAGCAUUGGAACGCACUGAUUUGGGUACCAAUGCAAGUUUUGGUGGUAAACAAAGUGGUGAAGACGAAUUUAAUAAUCAAGCUGUUAUAUUAAUUCAUGAUAGUGGUGAGAAAAUUACUCGAUUACAGCGAAUGGUAAAUCAUUUACUUUCCAAAGGUUAUAAUCGAUCUGAAAUUUAUGGUACAACAUGGGGUGACGGUGGUUUAACAACUAAUGCAUUAAUUGAUUUAAAAUGUUCAUAUGUUAAACAAAUUAGAAGUAUGAUAAUUGCUGUUCGUCAGUAUACUGGUACACGUGUUGACGUGAUUGCAUACGGAGUGGGUUCACCAUUAGCGCGUAAAGCAAUUCUUGGCGGUGAUUGCGUUGAUACACGUGAAAUUCUCGGUCCACCACUUACGGAAUUAAUUGAUACAUAUUUGAGUGUUGCUGGUGCAAAUUACGGUAUGAUAUCAUGUUUUAUACCGAUACCGGUAGGUGCAUGCAACCGUAGAACCGGUUUACAUUGCCGGUCAACAUUUUUGCAAGAUAUUAAUGGACAAAUUUCAUAUGAAGGCACAUUCAUCUUUAGUAUUUUCUCAGAUUCUGAUGAAAAGGUUGGUUAUCGUGGUUGCAAUACAUUACUGAGUCCGAUUAGAGGUGAAACCGGAUUCGUAAAGAAGGAAUUAUUAAAUCAUGAUUUAACUAUUGAUAAGACAUAUGAAAUGCAACGAAAUUUCAUACAAAAACAGCGACCAUUUUAA